CUUGUCUUUCCUCAGAAUAACUCCCCUGAUUGACGAGAGCUGCUGCGCAGUGUUUCUCAAAUUCAGCGACGUCCAUCGUGAUCUUCGAAGGACCUUCAAGUUGAUGUUAUCUCCGCAUCCUGUGGGAUGCCACCAGCAUAACAAUCAGCCCCAUCAUCCAUCUAUUUCUAGGAUCGUCACUACCCCAGAAGACUCCAUCUUAGCUAUCUCUCUUAUCACGAUAUUAGUCAGCAGAAGACGCCCGAUAAGGAAGUUAGUCAAAUAAUCUGACGCAUACCUGCUCGCUGCAGGAACACCGACCUCAACAAUCUGCACAACACCACCCAGCGCAUCCCUUCGGAAACACAACCCCCCUCCCCUCACAAUGCCAAGUCCUCCACUGAUCCUCCUCCCCCGCCCCGGGACUGUCCGCCCCGCCACACCACAAUCCAUCCCCGCUCCCCCCGAAGCCGCCUUCACCAGCACCUUCGGCCCCCUCCGCCUCCCCCCCGCCUCGUACCUGCAAACCCCCGCCGGCCAAGCAGCCUACUACACCCUCCCCGCGCCGACCGGAUCUCCCAGCCACAGCCCCGAUUCUCCUGCUGGUCCCGCCCGGAUCCUCUUCAUCCACGGGGUCCAAACCAGCGCGGUCGGCCUGCUCCCGCUCGCCCGCGCGGUGGCCGCGCGAUUCCCCUCCGCCCACUGCGUCCUCCUCGACCUCUGGGGCCACGGCCUCUCCGCCACCCCGCUGCAGCCCCACGAGCCCGCCCUCUUCCAUCGGUUGCUUCUCGCCCUCCUCGACCAUCUGCGCUGGCCCGCUGCGCAUCUCGUGGGGUAUUCGUUCGGCGGCUCCACGGCGGCGAGUUUCGCGGCUCGGUUUCCGGAGAGGGUGGAGGGGUUGGUGCUGGUUGCGCCCGCGGGGUUGUUGCGUCGCAGCCAGUUCUCGGCGCGCGAGCAGGGGUAUUUGGUUGGUGCUGGUGCUGGUGGUGCGGCGGACGGGGUGGAUGGUGUGGAUGGUGAGGCGGUUGAAAGAGAGGCCCGCGACUGGGUGAUAGAAUGGUUGGAAGGGGGCGCGUUGGUGGUUCCCCCCGAUUGGCGGGAGAGGGUGGCGCGCGGGGAGCUCGUUGCCGAGGCGGUGCGGGAGUGGCAGAUGCGCGAGCAUGCGGGCCACGCCGCCAGUGUGGUGGGGAUUUUCAGGGACGGAGGGAUCAUGGAUAUGCAUGAGGCGUUUCGCACAGCGGCGGAGACGGGGAUCAGGGCGCGGGUCGUGUUGGGGGAGUGGGAUGAUCUGUGUUCGGUGGAGGAGUUGGUCGGGUUGGGGUUCGGGGAUGUGCAUGUUGUGCCGGGGGUCGGGCAUGGGGUUGUGCGCGAGAGGGUGGCGGAGGUGGCGGGGUUGAUUGGGGAGUUUUGGGGUGGGAGGUGAGGUGGUUGCAUCCUCCGAUGAGAUGAGAUGAUGGGUUUGGAGGUGGUGGUAGGAUGAAUGUUUGAGUCCUGUAUAUCAGCG